CUGCAAGACUGCAACCUUUCUCUUCCGUCGAUCCAAUCUCUACAACGAACUAUCUCUUUGAUCUCUAGCUGUCAAUCUGAAUGGCUAACAGGCAUACAAUUAUUUUGAUGCAGACAUCUCCAAACAGAGCAACUAGAACAUUUAUGGACUAUGAAUCAAUAAGUCAGGCAAUGGAUGGUAUUUGUGCACUAUAUGAAAGGAAGCUUAAGGAGCUCAAUCCAGCCAUCAGAAACAUCACGUAUGACAUUGCAGAUCUCUACAAUUUCAUUGAUGGCCUUGCAGAUUUGAGUGCACUAGUCUAUGAUCACUCCAUUCAGGCUUAUCUUCCAUACGAUCGACAGUGGAUUAAGCAGCGCACCUUUCAUCACCUCAAGAAAUUGGCGACACAUUAAAAAUUAUGUUGUAAGCUACAACCCAGUCUUAGUUGCUGGUUUUAUUAUUUAUAAACCAUGCAGAAUACAAGAAGAAGCAAGUAAAAGAGAAGUACAAAGUUGGAGCUCAGUCUUGUGUGCCUUUAGUUAUGCUGUUGAAGUAUGAAUACGAACAAGAUAUUAGGUUCAGUUCCAUUUGGGUGCAGAUAUACUGGCCUUGAAUGGCGCUUCUGAUUUGAUUUGAGAUAAAUUACAUCAGGGUGACAGUUAUUGGUUCAUGAGCGAUGCAGUAUCAUGCAGUCAUACUCUUUGUUUGUACCGAGCUUGCUUACUUGGAAGUGGGUGUGAGAAAGGAUGUUUCUGUAGUGAUAUACUGGUGUGUAGCUUGAUUUUGGAAUCAAUAUAAUGGUUAUUAUGAUUUGUUAAGUUGGUAU